AUGUCAAUGUCAGGGUCCACGACUGUGCAGCUUUUCACCAAGCUUGUCAAGCAUGCAGUGGGCAAGGCAGAGAUUCAGCUGAACCGCUGGCUGCAGAGGACUGCCACAGAUGACUGUGACAAAAUUGACAUACUGAUAUGCAGCGCCUUCGAUGAGACAGGGGCCAGCAUUGGAAAGUCAGAUGGAGACCCUGAGGUUAUCUGUGACUCAGGGGGAUCGACCUUCAGCAACAGUGGAGAGUUCAGACACCCAUGCUGUAUCACCACCUUUUGCUUCAAGAGUGCCCUGCUGGCCUGCGUCCUGACUGCUGUGUGCUUCUCCUCAGUUGCACUGGUUCGCCAAUACCUCAAGGACCUCCUGCUCUGGGUGGAGAGCUUGGACAGCCUCGUCGGAGCCUUGCUGUUUAUAGUUGGUUUGAUUAUCGUGUCUUUCCCGUGUGGAUGGGGGUAUAUUGUUCUUAAUGUUGCAGCUGGCUACCUCUACGGCUUUGUGCUGGGCAUGGGACUUGUUAUGGUGGGAGUUUUAAUAGGUACUUUCAUGGCACACCUGGUGUGCAAACGACUAUUGACUGACUGGGUGCUGAACAAAGUUGGGAACAGUGAACAGCUCAGUGCUGUCAUACGAGUGGUGGAGGGAGGAAGUGGACUCAAAGUUGUGGCCUUAGCGAGACUCACCCCAAUACCAUUUGGGCUCCAAAAUGCAGUUUUCUCGAUCACAGACGUGUCCUUGCCAAAUUACCUGGUGGCCUCCUCUGUGGGUCUGUUGCCCACUCAGCUUCUCAACUCGUACCUGGGCACCACGCUGCGCACCAUGGAGGACGUCAUUGCUGAGCAGAGCGUCAGCGGGUACUUCGUCUUCAGCCUGCAGAUCGUCAUCAGCAUCGGCCUGAUGUUCUACGUGGUGCACCGGGCACAGGUAGAGCUCAACGCCGCCAUCGCCGCCUGCCAGAUGGAGCUGAAAUCGUCGCACAUGAACGGCUCGUCCACCAAUCACAGCGGCUUCACCUACUGCAGCAAGAGAGCGGCGGCCGGCAGCGGAAACUGCAUCAACGUGGUGUGACCUACCACUCAGUCGCUGAAUUGUAAGACUUCAGAGCCCCCUCUAUGUUUAGACGGUGUCUGAAAUGUUUUCGGGGGGUUUAUAAUUUCCAAAAUCUUGUUCUGGCAACA